AUGGAUGAGGUUUUACGUUUGUUUCACGAUGCAAAUGAAAGCAUAUAUGGUGGUGAUUACCCUGGUUUGGACUUUGAUUUAGGUCUAGGCACUAGGACUGUGAAUCAGGAUUAUGAAUCGGACAUUGAUGAUGAAGCUGUGUUUCACGGUCACGAGGAAGAGGAAAAUGUCGCGGCUCAGGCUCCGAGUCAAGACGACAACAGUGGUGCGGAAUCUGUUGACUGGACCCCUGUCAACCCAACUGACCCUGUCCCUCCCUUGAAUCUCCAACCUUGCACUAAUUCAAGUGACCAAGGCCCCGUUGAUCCCCUUCCUAGUUCCUCCUCCCCCUUCGAUUUCUUCUCACUAUUUUUUUAUGAAGAUAUGUCCCAAAUGAUGGCUGACCAGACCAACCUUUAUGCAGUACAGCAACAACAGCGCAAGGGUAAAGUGGAUGAAUACUGGAAGCCUGUCACUGUCGCUGACAUGAAAGUUUCUUUGAACAUUGUGAUUGUUAUGGGAAUUCAUGUGCUUCCUGAGUACUCCAUGUACUGGUCGACAGACGAUCGACUCAGAGUUGCGGGCAUCGCGGAUGUGAUGGGCAAGAAUAGGUACGAAAAGAUAAACCAGUACCUGCAUUUGAACGACUCGUCGCAGGCUGUGGCUCGUGGUGCGGAGGGACAUGAUCCUCUUUACAAAGUGCGUCCUGUCAUCAAAAACUUCCGCAAAAGGGCAGCCGAUAACUACAUUCCGGGAACAAGUCUCUCGAUUGAUGAAGCUAUGAUCGCGUACAAUGGAAGGCUUCAUUUCAAACAAUAUAUAAAGGCAAAGCCAACUCCCUGGGGCAUCAAGGUCUGGUGCAUUGCGGACCCGCAGAACGGCUACAUGCUAGACAUUGAUGUCUACACUGGGAAGGUAAAUAACCCCAUGCCCCAUGGACUUGGCCACCACGUGGUAAUGAAUAUGGGUAGAAAUUACCUAAGCAAGUACCAUCAUUUUGUGUACGAUAAUUAUUUUAGCAGUGUGAAGCUCGCCGAAGAUCUCCUCGCCCAAAACACCUACUGCUGCAGCACCAUCCGGGGCUCACGGAAGGGUUGGCCUCAGCAACUAAACAAAGCGAACACUGACAAGAUGGCUCCAGGAGAAAUCAAAGCCAUGACGAAAGGUCGUCUUCUGGCGACAGUCUUCAAUGACAAACGGAAAGUGUCGGUUCUCUCCACAAAUUCGUCGCCAGGUGUCUCCACCGUCACUCGUCGUGUAAAAGGUGGCAUUCAACACGUUGAGAUUCCGAACUCCGUGUUGAACUACAACAAUCACAUGUUUGGCGUUGACCUGGCUGACCAGCUUCGCUCCUACUACGCAGUGGGAAGAUCUGGGGUGAAGUGGUGGAGAUACAUUCUCUGGUUUGUGGUACAGGUGUCAAUAGUGAAUGCUUGGAACCUGUACCAAGCCGCCCAACGACCCCUUCCAUCAAACGCCAGAGGUGUCAGUCACCUGAAAUUCAGAUUGGACAUCUGUUCUGCUUUGGUGGCAGUAAAUGUUUCGAAAGGAAAGAGGAAGGUCAGCCAGGGGGUGUCAACAGCAGGACUGGGGAGCUCCUUGUCAUCUGACCAUCAGCUGGAUCGACUCGUGGGACGGAAAGGGGCCUGUCACUGGUGCUCCAAGAUAAAAGCCAAGACGAACAAAGGAAGAACACCAGAGACGCCCUAUGGCUGUUCCAUUUGCAAGGUCCACUUGCACAAGGGACUGUGUUUUGCCAGUUUCCACAAGGAGCUGGCAAGUGCGCAGUAA